UGGCUGUCAGACGAGAAAAAAAUUGUUUACACAAUCCGAUCGCAGAAAAUUUUCACUCUCCGUUCGACGGAGAAAAAAUCCUCCGGAUUCCAGCUUCGGCACCAGACAAAGGAAUCAGACCAGAUCGUGCGAAUUCUCCGUGUGUCCGGUGUGAGCCAAGGAUUGUGGCACGAUGGCAACGCUAGCGCUUGCCUCCAUCAACGAUCUGCCGAACGAGAUUUUGGAGUUUAUCUUCAGCCUGGUUCCGCCGUACCAGGAUCUGGACCGCUGCUGCGUCGUGUGCAAGCGCUGGGAGUCGCUGGCCAACAAUGUUCGAAUACGCAAGAAAGCGAGCCUCCAAAAGGCCCUCACGGAUUUCAACCUGUGCUGGAAGGAGGAGCUUUUCAGCAGUCAAACGCCGAGCAUAGCGGCCCGGUUUGCGCACGCCAGCUCGCUGCACCGGAACUCGAUGUUUGUGUUCGGAGGCGCGUCCAGCUUCGACACGACGUUCAACGACUUGUGGCGCUUCGAUCUGAGCCUGCGGCGGUGGGUGAGGCCAAUCUCGAUGGGUUCGUACCCUUCGCCGAAGGCGGGCGCCAGUUUGGUGUGCUAUCAAAACGCGUUGGUGUUGUUUGGCGGCUGGCGACAUUCGUACACGCCCUUUCAGAUGUGCACGCUGUUUGACGAGCUGCAUCAGUACAACGUGGCGGAGAACCGGUGGACCAUCCACAACUUGGCGUUUGGACCUCCGCCCAUGACGGGACACUCGGCCACGGUGCAUCGCAACAAGAUGGUGGUGUUUGGUGGGUACCAGAAGACGCAGGAGAAUCUGGGCACUUCGAACGACAUCUGGGUGUUGGAUCUGGACAAGAUGGCUUGGAAGAGACCGACGGUUUCGGAGCAGAAGCCACCGCCUAGGUAUGGCCAGUUUCAGAUGGCGAUCGGGGAGGAUCACAUCUUGGUGUUAGGGGGGACCGGUGGAGUGAAUCGAAUCUUCAACGAUGCCUGGCUGUUGGACAUGAAGAACGACGUGUGGCGUUGGAGAGCCGUUCAGAUCAAGAACAAAAAGUGUACCGUCCACAACUGGAGCUACCCGGCUUGCAACAUCGGCUCAAAGGUGAUCGUGCUGGGACCGACCUCGCCAAACGAUUUCCAAAUUGUUCGACAGCAUCGUCCCUCAAACCAUCACGGACUUCAUCCGCCGAAUCUCGGUCGUGGCCCACGUCCGGUAAACCCUGCCGAACGCAAUCGCAUCGCCGCCGCCGCAGCCAACAACGAACCAAAUAUUCCACCCAGACAAAACCCAGUUCGACCACCACCCCCUCCCCCGAUGGCAUCCCCGCCGCGUCAGCAACCUCCUCCGGAACCUCGGCCAGGUCCAUCCGGACUGUCCGCACCGAACCCACCCCCAGCUCAACCCCAACCCGGUCCAUCGCGACCCCUUCCCACCAUCCGCUCUCCAAACUAUCGCCAGCAAGACGACGACCAUCUUCUCCCCAAACGCUUCAACCAAUCCCCCGAGCAGCACGGCCACAUGGCGAUGGCCGCAUUCAGCGUACCCCCCACAAACCCACCCCCGCUGCACGCGACCCGCGAACGCCAGCUGGAGCGCCUCCGCAAAAUGGAGGAAAAGAUCUCCGCCAUGCGACGCAUCAAAGAGCAGGAGCAACGCGACCUCGAGCAAGCCCAAGCCGCGGCCAACAACCUCCCAGCGGCAACCUCCCACCACGAAGCCCAACUCCCCGUCACGCCCAAGCGCAUCAAACGCAACGGGCUGGCGAUCUACGUGUGCGACAUUUCCCAGCUGCUAACGAACGCCAACGAGCCGGUCAUUGAGUGGCAGGAGACGAAGAACAGUGGGUUGAUUGCCGGAGCGCCGGACCACUUUACCUUCUCGACCAUGGUCGCCGGAAAUGGGGAGCUGAUUGUGUUUGGCGGGCUCAACAAGAACCCCAAGUCGGAAAGUUCGAGCGUUACGAACGCGGUCCACUUUUUGACCGUGCCCACCGAGGUGGUGUAAAUUGUAAAUAUUUUUUCCCCUUUCUGAAUUACAAUUGUCUAUUUCAACACGA